UCUUCAGACUCAGGGCCAAGCCUAGCGCCUGGGCUCGUUUGUUACCGUUUUAAUCCUAUUAAUUAAAACGUUAACCUGAUUGGGUAGAAAGCUCUGUCCCAACAGGCGAGGCUUCUUCAUAAUAACCUUCUCGGAGAGAUAAUGAGGUAAAAGACUCCCCCGUCUGUGGCGGCGGCGGCGGCGGCGACAACGGCGGCGGAGGUUGUGGUGGCGGGCAGGCGGGCAGCAGCGAGCGAGCGAGCGCUGUGACGGCGGCUCCCCCCCCCCUUCCUUUCCGCCUUUCCUUGAUGGGUCCCGGAAAUCUCUUGAAGGUGAAUCCAAGCAAGAUAAACGGUGCGAGAGGCUCGCUGGCAGCUCACAAUGCCUGAGUCCCUCACAGGGUGAUAGGAGAGAGGCGCUGAGAGCGAGCGAGGCGAAGAGAGAGAGAGAGAGAGACGCGCGCGGUGAAGGGGAGAAAGAACGCGCGCCAAAGAGGCCAGCCGGCCGAGCAGCCUCGCCUCAGAAGAGAGACACUCGAGCGGCGGGAAGGAGGAGAGCGAGGAGCCGCUCUCUGAGGGGGGCCACCUCAGCAGCCUCAGCCCCAGUCAGAGUCAGGCCCCCGGCCCGGAGCCUCGGAGGAGCCGAGCGGGGGAGGGGGAGAGGGAGAAGGAGGGGGGCGGCAGGAGGAGUUGGAGGAGGGGAGCCCGCCGGCUGGGACCAUGGAGAGGGCUCUGAGCCUGCCUUCAGACGAGGACUUGUUCCACAAGAGUCUCAGCGCCUCGGUCAAGAGGAUGGAGUCCGCCUUUCGCUCGCCCCCGGGGCUCGACCUGGCCGCCCACCAGCCCCAGCCGCGCGAGCAGCGGCAAGCGCCGUCUCCCCUCAGCUGCUACGAGCCGGCCGACUCCGAGGUGCUGCUGAGGGAAGGUGCGGCUGGGGCGCUGGUGGCCGGGGACCCUCUGGGUGGCUCGGUGUGCGUGAAGUACGGGCAAAGCACGACGAGCCGCAGCUCGGUGGCCGAGAGUAGCGGCGGCGAGCAGAGCCCCGACGACGACAGCGACGGGCGCUGCGAACUGCUGUUGCGGGGCUCUGGCGGCGGCGGCGGCGGCUCAGGGGUCGUCGUUGGCGCGGGGGGCGCCCUCCUGAAGGCGCCCGAGGGCGGCGCCUGCUCUAACAGCCACCACGGCGCUGGCGGCGGCGGGGCCAAGAAGUCCAAGGAGCAGAAGGCGCUGCGCCUCAACAUCAACGCCCGCGAGCGGCGGCGCAUGCACGACCUGAACGACGCGCUCGACGAGCUGCGGGCCGUCAUCCCUUACGCGCACAGCCCCUCGGUGCGGAAGCUCUCCAAGAUCGCCACGCUCCUCCUGGCCAAGAACUACAUCCUCAUGCAGGCGCAAGCCCUCGACGAAAUGCGCCGCCUCGUCGCCUAUCUCAACCAGGGCCAGGCCAUCUCGGCCGCCUCGCUGCCCAGCUCGGCCGCCGCCGCAGCGGCCGCCGCAGCCGCCUUGCACCCGGCGCUCGGGGCCUACGAGCAGGCGGCAGCGGGCUACCCUUUCAGCGCCGGCUUGCCGCCCGCCACCUCGUGCCCGGAUAAAUGUGCCAUUUUCAACAGCGUCUCGUCCAGCCUCUGCAAACAGUGCACGGAGAAGCCUUAAAACCAGACGAGAACUCCAGCCUGAUCCCUUCUUCCUUCCUUCCCUUGGCAGGACUUCCGCUGUAGCCGCCUUUAGGGGGAUGAUCAUGGGGUAAAGCGGGGGGACUUGAGUGCAACUGAGACCUCAGCGAAGUUAAACACACACACAAAAUUGCAAUUUGGGGGGUUGUAUGAUUUCUGGGUGAGUGUGGACAAAGAGGAAUAACAGAUCGGAAGGAAGCUCCUCUUCCCUCCACAUGGUUUCUUGAAAACCUCCAAAUACUGGGAACUUUUGCUAAAGGCAACCAGGACUGGGAGGGGGCAGUUGGUUGGGCUUGGGCAAGAGAUAGAUAUGGUGGAAGCAAGUUGGACUGUCAACUCAGACAAAUCAAGAAGGGCACUUAAAAAGUUUUUGUCUUAUUUUAUUUUUAUUUUUUGCUUCUGAGCCAGGAAACAAAGCAAACUUGAAACGUAGACUUCUUGAGAUUAGACACGCGCAAAAUUGCUCUGAAAAUAUUUGUAUUUUUUAUUUUCUCUGAACUUUUGAGCCUGUGAAAAUGCGUAAAGUUUUGGCGGAGAGUGAGCUUAAAAAGAGGUGGCAAACUCCUGUUCGUGUGGCUGAAGUGUUGCAGGUUUAUUCUUUUUCUAAAAAAAGAUGUGCACCUUGUUUCAUUUCACUUUGCAAUGCUGUAUACAAGAAGACAUAUUUAUUUCAAUGGCCCGUUCAGGUCAACAAUAUUCAUCCUGUGUUAAGGUCAUGGGUCUUAUGUGAAUUUUCUUUCAAAUGCUUCUUAAAAUUCCCAUUAACCUAAACUUUGUGCCAAGUGUUUAAGACGUUGAUUUGCCAAGGACAUGUUAACCAGAAAUCUUGAUGUAUCCAAGCUGCUGAGGCUUAUGAAAGGUCAUCUGGAUUUUCAGUUGCAUCAUCCUUGUAUUUACAAAUUGAGCUUUAAUAAAUUGCUUCAGUCCAAAAAUGACAGGAGAGGUGUAUUCUUAAUUGCUUAAUGAAAUGGGCUGUUGGUGAUUAGAAACUCUUUGCAGCAAAAAGGAAUUUCUGUUUCCAGUUAUUUACUGUGACAGGUCAUAAGGUUAUAGCUCCUAUCAAGAAUUUGCAAAACAAGGUUUUCCCAGAUUGUCGUGUUUGGUUUCUCAAAGAGAAAGAAUAUGGCAGGUUCCCCCCUCCCCCCAUUGAUUAUGGAAGUUAUUUUGGCUGAAGGUGGUCAUCUUAGCUGCUGUUUCACAUGCAUUUUCCCUGCAUGGUGAUAUAAGGCUGAGCAGUAAAGGACUAGCUGUUUCCCUCAAGGGUAGAUUUAAACUUGACUUUGUAAGGGUUCCUUUUUCUUUCUCAAUCCAUCCAUAACCAUUUAAGCCAAAGUACUGGGUUUUAAGCUAACAUCUGAUAUAGAACUUAGCAAAAUUGAAGUAGAUUCCCACCUAAUUUACACCCUAAUCCUAACUACGUUCUGGUGAAGGUAAAUCCUUUUGACGUCAGAAUAAUUUUCUUCUGAGCAAGUGUGUUUAGCAUUUUAGGCUCAGAUGGGUUUAAAUCUCAGCCAAACAGAAUUGUGGAUCAGGCAAUUAGUCUCUGCUGGAAGGCUACAUAGUCUUCAGUCUGAAAAUUCAGACUUAAAAGUAAAUCCUAUUUAAAUCAAUGUAACUUAUUUCUCAGCCUUAAAUAGCAGCAUUUAAGCAUAACUGGGUUCUAUUAUCAGUCCUUUGCCUCCAGCAAUCUUAAAUCUAAGUACUUUGGCAGAACUGGUUUGUGGAACAUGCUGCCAAUCAAGAGUAGAUCCCGAAAUUCUUAUUUUUCCCCCCACUCCUCCCCCUCCCUCUCGUAUUUUCCACUACUUGCUGAUAAUCCAAAUUCAGUCUGUCAGCUCUGGAUGGCAAAAUGAGAGCCGUGAUGGAUCUGUUGGCAGGUCAUGGAUGUGUAAAGAGUGAUAUAUAUUAAAUAGGUCGCUCAGAUGAUGACAGCGAUGUAUGAUGGUUUGUAUGUGUAUCCAUGUCGGAAAGAAUCUUUAUUAAAAUAUUUUGAACAAAU